GAGCCACAGCCGGACUGUACAAUCUAAUGCAAUUUCCUCUUCCCUUUUAGCUUUUUACCCAUUUUUUCUUCUUCACGCUCCAAAAGAAGUUCAUAUCAAGCUUACGAUCUUCGCUGCCGGAUUUUGAAGAUUCUUCUCAUGUAAUUCUUUGUUUUCCCGCGUUUGGAUUUUGUGCGGCGGAGCCAUGGCGACGGCAUUGGAGUGCUGGUCGAGUAGGGCUAGUACGGACGAGGAUUUGGUGGAGCAGGUGCUGAUGAGAACUCAGGACAGAUCGGAAGGCUCCAAGCCGGAGAGUUCGUUUGCCGUCGGAGCCAAGGAGUCGUCGGCGAUGCAGAAACGGCUGCAGAGAUUGAGUCGGAACGUGUCGGAGGCGGUGGCGUCGCUCAAAAACUCGUUGAAUCUGGACUCUGCUCGCGAUCCCUCGCCUACCAAGAUCGAGGGCUCUAAGAAGGCUGUUUGGGGUAGUGUUGUGCGGAAUCUUACUCAGCUCUAUCCUGGUAGUCAGUUGCCUGAAAAGCUCGUCUCCAACAUUCGCAAGCAUUAUGAUUCCUUGCCUCUCAGUUAUGCUCAGGCGGGGUUCGAAAUGAAAGAUGUCUUUCUCCACAUCAAAUUGAUAGAGCAGGCAUCUGUUUAUGAUCACCCUGCAAUCUUAUUUCAAGAAGUAACUAAUCAUGACACUCAGAAACCUACAAUGAAGUUCACAUUUGCUUGCAACUCUUCGAUUUCAUGGUCGGCGAUGUCUGGAGCGCUGGAGAGCGCAGGCAUUCGCUGUGAGAAGAUACAGAUUUUUGAGAAGAAAAGAUUUACCCUUGGAGUUGUUCUUUUUGUAAAUCAAGAUGCCCAAGAGAAAUUCUUUAAAUCCAAAAUUGAAAGUGCUCUAAAAUUGGCUAUUAAGAAGCCGAAAACCAAUACAGUGAAACUCCCAUUUGGAUUUUGUGGAUGCCAAGAAGGUAACGCCCGGGGGAAAGAUUUGAGAGAAAUAGAGGAGGAUGCCGUUGAACAAAAUUGCAGAAGUGGUUUUGACAACUCGAAUUUGAAUGAAAAUUUGCAGAUAGAAAUGCCCUUGUCUACUUCAUCUUUUGCUGUAUCUGUCGAUGAAUGGCAAACGGUCCAAUGUGGUGGACAUGAGCUGGGUAAAUGGUUGCUGAGCUCUGAGAAUCUGGAGUUCACCGAUCAGAUUGGACCCAACUCGUUCAAGGGAGUCUACAAGGGCAAAAGAGUAGCCAUAGAGAAGAUUAAAGGGUGUGAAAAGGGAAUUGCUUACAAGUUUGAGCUCCGUAAAGACUUGUUGGAGCUGAUGACAUGUGGGCACAAGAACAUUUUGAUGUUCUAUGGUGUUUGUAUUGAUGAAAAUCAUGGCUUGUGUGUUGUAACCAAACUAAUGGAAGGCGGAUCGGUUCAUGAAUUGAUGCUGAAAAACAAAAGGUUUCAGACAAAAGAAAUAACCAGGAUUGGUAUUGAUGUUGCAGAAGGAAUCAAAUUCAUGAAUGACCAUGGUGUUGCCUAUCGGGAUCUUAACGCACAAAGAAUUUUGUUAGAUAAGAAUGGCAGUGCUUGUUUGGGUGACAUGGGCAUACUCACUGCAUGCAAAAACUUGGGCGAGGCAAUGGAGUACGAAACCGAUGGUUAUCGGUGGCUAGCUCCCGAGAUUAUCGCUGGCGACCCGGAGAGUGUCAACGAGACAUGGAUGAGUAAUGCAUACAGUUUUGGAAUGGUAAUAUGGGAGAUGGUGAGCGGUGAGGCGGCUUAUGGCGCAUAUUCGCCAGUGCAGGCGGCAGUCGGUAUAGCUGCUUGUGGUCUUAGACCUGAUCUUCCAAAGGACUGCCCAUCCACCCUGAAAUCCCUGAUGAUCAAAUGCUGGAACACUUGCCCAUCAAAGCGCCCCCAGUUCUCUGAAAUUUUAUCAGUGCUGCUGGACUCCAACAAUAACAACCAUAGAUAAAUUAAAGUGAGUAUUUCCUUUUAAUCUUUAUGGAUCCAAAGUCUACUCUUGUGAAGUUACUGUAAAGGGUUCCUAAUUUUCAUGUAGAAGAUCAUAUGAUGCGUUCAAUGUAGAUGGUGAGAAGUUUGUGUUUUCAGAUUUGAAUCUAAUCUCAUGUUACCAUGGAUAAGAAAAAAGAUAGAAAAACAAAACGCUAAUGAUCUCCUCUCGAGUUUGAACCGUAGGAAAAUCAACUCUCUUACCAAGUUACCACCAUGAGAAAUCGAAAGAUCUUUCUUUCCCUUUCUUUUUAUGGGUGAAUGGUUAAAGCGUCCAACCUAUACCGACCUAAAAAAGGACAAAAUUCGUAGGUUCGAUUCUUGCUGGAUGCAUUUGGAAUGUUCAGUUCAAUCGCUGUUCACGGUUGUUACUAUUAUUAUUAUUAUUUUCCUUUUUUGGUCUA